UUCCCAGUGCAAUUUUAGUUAAAACAGACAAGAUGUUUGACAGGAAGUUUGUGUUUACUGCUCUUUUCGUCAUUUUUGCUACUUUAGGCUUAGAAACCCGCCACACCGUCGAGGCUAGGUACCUUCCUACCAGGUCGAAUGGCGACAGAGUGGACAAACUUAAAGAAUUACUCAAAGAUCUCCUCGAAAACGAAAUCGCAAGAGAAGAAUACCAAGCGGAUGCCCCUCCAAGGUGGCACCUCGACAGCAGACUCCUCUACAAACGGGAGGUUCCCUCCUACUAAACCCCACGACGACUUCCGGCAAUGGACAAGGACCCGAUUCUUCCAACGUGAUUUUAAACAUUCUGUGUCCCAGAUAGAGUUUUACCUAUUUUUAUGACCGACAAAGUGAAUUUUUAGAUUAGCAGAUCUAUUUAUUUUUAUAAAUAAGUCUACGGUGGCUCCAAAACUGUUAAAAAAAAUGAAGACAAAAUUACCACUGGCACCCUGAACCAAUUGUG